AUGCUGCCCAAAUCCCGACUCCUCUUUCACAUCGCCCUCGUCCCGCUCUAUAUAAGCAUCGCCAUUUACCUCAACUUGGCCCCAAUAUCGUUUUCAGACAACCUGUCUUCACUUCUACGUCUUGCUAGAGCAAACCUCCGUGCCCAGUACCUCAAAACUACAGCUACCACCAGAAACCUAUCUUCCGAAUCCGUAGUCGACAUGAGUCCUAUGAAAUUUGUCGCCCGUAGAAGUGAAGAGCGUGGACAUGCAGACCAUGAUUGGCUCAAGACCUUCCACACAUUCUCCUUUGCCAUGUACCAAGAUAGACAACACGAGCUAUUCGGUCCCCUGCGUGUCAUCAACGAAGACAGAGUCGCUCCUCGCACUGGAUUCGGGACACACUCCCACCGCGAAUUCGAGAUCUUCUCAUAUGUCGUCUCAGGAGAACUCGAGCACAAAGACUCCAUGGGCAACACCGAAGUGCUCAAACGUGGCGACCUCCAAAUGACCUCCGCCGGCACAGGCAUCUCGCACUCCGAAAAAGCUCACGGCUCUAAACAAGUGCACUUCCUUCAAAUCUGGUCUUUACCCUCCAAAGCGCGCCUGCAGCCGAAAUACUUCACACGCCAUUUCUCCGACGCUGACAAGACGGACAAGUGGGCGACGGUCGUCGCGCCCGUGGGUGCUCAGGGUGUGCUCGCCGAGCGCGAGGCGCAGGGUCCGGCUCCUGUGAACAGCCCGUUGACGCUAUACGCGACCAUUUUGGGAGUGGGGAAGACGCUUGAUCGGCCGUUGGAGGGGAAGAAGGGGUAUAUCCAUGUGAUACAGAGGAGUGGGUACAAAGAGGGCAAGGCAGAGGGCGCGAGUGUGCGGAUAAGCUCUCCGGGAAGUGACGCGGAGCUCACGCUGCGGGAAGGAGACGGCGCGUACAUCUUCGUCGGCAAGAAGGGAGCAUCAUUGACAGUUGAGAAUGACGGUGACCGCGCUGCAGAAAUCCUUGUUUUCGAUCUCGACUAG